GCUGUAGCGACCAUCGGUUAGAUGCUCAAGUUUAUCGCCCAAUCAAUCUUUUUAAACUAUUUCAGAAUCUUAUUCCUUCUUUGCAGACUUGAAAGUUGUAUGUUGACGUUGACAAAUUUGGCUAAUUGCAGCAGUAUGACAGAGUAUGAAAUCCAUUUCAGAGUGCAAAGUGCAAUAAGGAAGAGGGUGUCACAGAGCAGGAUCUGAUGUUGAAGAAUAGCGAAAUAUGUUGAAGAAGGAAUUUCUUUGGUAAUCUUCUAGCUCCUUCCAUUUUGACACCGUUUCUCACACUUUGGUUCCACUGAAAUCUGUUUGCUGUAUCAUGGAUUCAUGUCGCACUUUCAAAUCUCGGAUCCAGUGUUGACCAUGAGACAUGAGUUGACGGUUUACAUGCAUAUUUCUCCAAUUUGUUGUGUAGAGCAACCUUCUGGCAGAUUAAUCGCGGGACAGGGAAAAAAGAUGGGCAAAAUGUCGUCACAGAAGGACCUCUUUGAGGUUUCAGGACCAAACUAUUUGACAUAUGUGAACUGGAACUGCCCGCACCACCGGCGAUCCGUCAUGGCGAGCCUAGUCCAAGGCGUCUACGUCCUGGAGCGCGACCGGCAGUGGAACCGGCAGGGCCCCGACGCCCGCGCGCCGGCAUGGUGGAAGUUCUUCCACUUCGAGCUGCGGGAGGCGCUCGUGGACGCCGCCGAUUCCUCCAUCUUCGGCGCGGUCUACGCGUUCCAGCCGCCGUACCACCUCGCCGACCCCGCGGCGACGGCCGGCGCGCCGCACUACGUCGUCGCCUUUCGAGGAACCAUCACCAAGAAGGGGUCGGCGUACAGGGACCUCGAGCUCGACCUCCAGCUCGUCCGCAACGGCCUCGAGCACACCUCCCGCUUCCGCGCCGCGAUGCAGACCAUCCACAACGUCGUGGCGUGGGCGGGCGCUGGGCAUGGCCGGGUCUGGCUUGCCGGCCACUCGUUGGGGUCCGCCAUCUCGACCCUCGGCGGCAAGGCCAUGGCCAGGGCAGGCGUCGUCCUCACCACGUUCCUCUUCAACGCGCCGUUCCUGUCGGCGCCGGUGGAGAAGAUCCCGCACAAGGGGAUGAAGCAGGGGAUCCGCAUCGCGAAAAGCUUCGUGACCGCCGGGGUGGCCACCGUCCUGCAGAAGGGGACCGGCGGCGGCGAGGACGCCUUCGCGGCGUUGGCGCGGUGGGUGCCGCACGUGCUGGUGAACCCAGCGGAUCCCAUCAGCGCGGAGUACGUGGGGUACUUUGGCCACCGGAAGAAGAUGGAGGACAUCGGCGCGGGCGCCGUCGGGAGGCUGGCGACGAGGAACUCGGUCAGGGACCUGCUGCUGGGCAUCGGCAAGGCGGGUGGCUGCGAGCCGCUCCACCUAUUCCCUUCGGCCGUCCUGACGGUGAACCGCGGCCCGUCGCCGGACUUCAAGACGGCGCAUGGGAUCCACCAGUGGUGGAGUCCGGACUUGGCCCUGGAGUGCAGCGCCUAUUCCUACGCUUGAUCAGUAGAUCAUCGAUAUGGGGUGGAACGGCGAAAAUUCUUUUCAGGUCUCGUGGAACGCUCGAACUUAGGUAUCCAAAUAAUUGCUUGCCAAGAUCUUAAUAGAAGUAGAGAAAAUAUCUUAAUUAAAUAUUUCACAUUUCUGUUUUAUUAAAUACAGUUUUGAUAUAUCUAUUUUUUCUGAUUUUUAGUUAAAACUAAGUUGAUUUCUCAA